CGGCCCCUCGGCAGCGGGGCACUGACAGCCGCCCCGAGCGGCACCGGCGCGGCGCUCGGCUCCCGUGCCCGGCCGGCGGUCGCUGCCGCCCCGCCGCCCAUGGGCCGCCGCCGCCGGGGGGCGGGCGGGAGCGUGCGGCCGCACUGAGCCCGGCCGGCCGAGCGCGGGGGCGGCCGAGCCCCGGCGCCGCGGGCACCAUGGACAGUAUCCUGGAGCCCUUCCCCGCCGAGCGGCUCUUCCCCGCCGCCGGCACUGGCUUCCUCGACUUCGGCGACUUCAGCGAGGCGGACUUCCUCAGCAAUGUGCAUUUCUCAGAGAACCUGGAUCACCUCUCUGACAACAUGGAGGAUUUCUCCAAUGACCUCUUCAGCAGUUUCUUCGAUGACCCAGUGCUGGCUGAGAAGAACCCUCUGCUGGACAUGGACCUGGAUCCACCCACUCCAGGCAUCCAGGCAGAGCACAGCUAUUCCCUCAGUGGAGACUCUGCUCCCCAGAGCCCCCUUGUGCCUGUCAAAACUGAAGAUAAUGCUAACGAGCUGGAGAAUGGAGUGUGGUCACUGGGGCCCAAGCUCUGCUCCAUCAUGGUGAAACAGGAACAGAACCUGCCUCUAGACCUGCCUGAGUCCCAACUACCUGCCAGCUCCAUACCAGUGCUGAACCUCAACCCUCUGCAGAGACUGCCACUCCCUGAGGAGAUUCCUAUAGAAAUGGCUCCAGCACCUGUGAUCAAAGCUGAACCCAAAGAGGUGAACCAGUUUCUAAAUGUACCUACAGUAGAUGACCUGGUGCAGAUGCCUCCAACUCCACCCAGCAGCCAUGGCAGUGACAGUGAUGGAUCUCAGAGCCCUCGGUCCCUGCCUCCCUCCAGCCCAGCCCGGCCUGCUGCUCGUUCUUCUACUGCCAUCUCCUCCUCACCUCUCCUCACAGCACCACAUAAGUUACAAGGAACCUCUGGUCCUCUGCUCUUGACUGAAGAGGAGAAGCGCACCUUGAUUGCAGAGGGUUACCCCAUUCCUACUAAGCUGCCCCUCACCAAAGCAGAGGAGAAAGCACUGAAGAGGGUCAGGAGGAAAAUCAAGAACAAGAUCUCUGCUCAGGAAAGCCGCAGGAAGAAGAAAGAGUAUGUGGAAUGUCUGGAGAAAAAGGUAGAGACAUACACAACAGAAAACAAUGAACUCUGGAAAAAAGUGGAGACCUUAGAAAAUGCAAACAGGACUCUGCUCCAGCAGUUACAGAAGCUUCAGGCUCUGGUAGCUGGGAAAGUCUCCAGACCUUAUAAAAUGGCUUCUACGCAGACUGGGACCUGUCUAAUGGUGCUGGCACUCUGCUUUGUUCUCAUCCUGGGAUCCCUGAUGCCCUGUCUCCCUGAAUUCUCUUCAGCAUCACAGACAGUGAAAGCAACACCAGCACCAGACAUUUACACAACUAGUAAGAUUCAGUCACGGAGCCUCCUUUUCUAUGAUGAGGGUGCUGGCUCCUUAGAAGAGAGCUAUAGCUCCUUCCUAACCAUGGACCAUCCUGAGGGGUGGGAGGCCAAAAAAAGGCAGUCUGAGGAGGGAAGGCCUCAUCUGGCCAGGACACAUGAGACAGCUAAAUAUUUGAGCAAAACGCAGGAGGGUCCUGACCAGAACCGAACGGACCCAAGUCUCAGCCACCUCAAAGAGCAAUUCCGUGAGAGGGAGACAAGCUCCAGUGAGACAACUGAAUUCUUGUAGCAGCUGCUGGACCUCAAGGCCUCAUCUGUCUGAUUGCAGGAUUCCCUCCUCACCAAGCAACUGAGGGGACUUGGCAGGAGAGGACGCUGCAUUUAGACACCCCUAAACUGGCCUUGAGUUCAGCUCCUCCCCUUCCCCAUCAUCCCUAUUAGUGCUGAUCUCUCUGAGGGGAGUCACGGGACUGCCAGAACCAGCAAUAAGUGUCUGGAGAAGCCCUGAGACUCCCUUUUCUCUGGCCUUACCUCCUGCUUAAAUGAGCACUACCCUAUGGAUGUGGGCUCACCUUGGAGAGGAGGGAGAUCAGGGGAAGCCCACAAACUAUUCAGCUCACUCCCCAAAGCCUCCAGACCAAGGGGGCUGUCCCCACGUGUACCCCUUGGCUACAUCAGAUGCACCUGAAGGAGAGAGAAAGUGCUGGAUUUACUGUCCUGCCUGAGGGUUUUAGGAGUGGGUGAUGCUGGUGCUGGAGAGAUGGCUCUGGAGAGUUUGAGCUCAUUCCUUGCCCUCCAUAUGUUAGUAUAUUUCUGCUUCCAUUGAGAGAAAACCUAGUUCUUCCUUGCUCUAGUUUUCUCCUGAUGGACAUGCCUACGUAACUUCAACACCAACUAUCUGCAAAGAUCUGCACACAAACGGAGUGGGGGAGAGAGAUCCCAGACAGAUAAAUCACCAUAAACAUUAGCCAGCAGCUUCUGGGUAACCAGAGCUCUGAAAGACAGAACAACUUUCCCUCACAACCCACUUCUCCCCAUCCUUAGCACCCCUGUUUUGGCAGGGGUGGUAUUUUUCUUUCUGUUCCCAGCUUGGGCCCUACAGUGCAGUGCUAACCAGGUCAGUAGUCUUCUCACUUUCCAUUCUGCUGGCCUUCUCCUUUGAGAAUGAGUGAGAAAAACACAUUCACAUAACCUAAUCUCCAUCCCUGAUUCUGCUUCAUGCCUAAUAGGGUCUUCCUAGGGACCACGAAGGAGAGCUCUACAACCCAUUAGAGGGCUGUCAGAUUAGCCAUCAUUCCCCUCACAUCCUCUUUGUGCACAAGUGUUGUGAAAGCCACUGAGGACAUACUGGCAUUUCUGGAGACAGGUACAUCUAUCAGGAAAGAGGUGGUAUGUUGGAAUUGGCCAGGGUCACCAAAGACAGUUUUGGACCUCCUCUUUCUAAAUGCUGACAAAAAUAGCAAACUCAUGCCAUACCACCUCUCAGGCCAGACUUGCCAAGUUUGGUGUUGAAGUGACAUCAUCUCAAGCCUAUGCCAUCCUCUUUAGCACCAGACACCCAUUUCUGACUCUUCUUCCUCUCCAGCAAAAGUCCUGCAAAAAGGCGGAAGUGUUGCUCCUCACUCCAUUCCCUCAGCUGCCAUUUGAUGAAAGGACAAUGUGGGACACGAGUGUUGGAGAUCUGGGAUGUGGCAGGUUGCCCCAUGUGUAACACAGGAGUCCCUGUGCACUCUGCCAGGUCUCACAGCAGGCUUCAAUUCCUUGUUUUUCAUCAAGCACCCUGGACUCACUCUGCACUGCCCCAGCCUCUCCUCUUCCCCCAGGCUGGGAGUGGAGAAGGCUCCCUAUAGAGGAAGGAUGGGAUAGCUCUUGCUCAAGGACUGAGAGAGGUGAGGGAAGGGCCCUCACAUCCUUCUUUUCUCCCUAUUGAAAAUUGGUUUUGCCCCUCCAAGUCAUUUGGGAAAAUGUGGACACAGCUGGCUGCAAUCGUGCAUGCGUGGCCAGUGGGGUGAUGAAGAGGAAGGCUUUCAGCAUUGCUCUGCUCUCCCCACGGGACCCCCUGGUCACCAGAUACCACUGCAUUCCCCAUCCUCCACCUCCACCCCAGCACAAAGAACCACUGCCGGGUCCAAGCACACCCUCCUCCGCCCCAACACUUCACUGAGCAUGUCCCCGUGCCUCCCACUCCCACCGUUGUACAGAGAUCAAGAGCAGAACUCGUUUGUACAUAAUGAAACUUAUUUUGUAUUAUUGCCGAUCCCUUAAGAUAUUGUAUUUUGGAGACUCUCAGAUCCUAUUUUCAGUAUUGUAUUUUAUUAAUAAUUAGUGCGGGCUUGGCAUCUAUGAACUUUUUUCUUGUAGCAGCUCACUUUCCACUUAUACUCCAGCAGCUGCUUCUUCCCUCUUAGUUUUUUUGUGGUUUUUUGUUUUGUUUUGUUUUGUUUUGUUUUGAAGCCUCAAGACUCUUUCCUCCUCCUUCUAUCACUUGCUCUGCAUUUGCUUUAUGAAGCAAAAUAAAAAUAAAAUAAAAAGAUGCAGCAUCA